UCACCUCUGCACUUUACAUUCGACUUUACUCCGCACACUCUCUGCCUUAACCUCCCCCCAUGACUGCAUGGCAGUUUCGACAAAGGUAUUACUCCACAGCAUGUAAUGAGCCUUGCAGCUUGACCUAUAUAUGAAUAAAGGAUAUUUAUGAUACGGCAUUUGCUCCGUCCCCUGAUCACAUUCAUUAUUGACUUUCCUUCCACCCAUCAAUCAAACCAUGGCAGCUGCGGAUCUGCCCCAGUUCUAUCAAAACAACCUCUCUCCCGUGAGCAUAACCAAAGAAUCCUUGGAGAAGACCCUCAAGGAGCUACAGAUUGCUGUCAACCAUGGGGCUGGGUUACUACAGGAGGGUUGUCGUCCCCAGAAAGACUGGGGAAAGACAUACAACACAGGCCUGUAUGUUGGAUUCCCGGGAAUUGCUCUUGCCUUUCUUCGACUGGACCAUCAGGUCAAAACCUUGAGCAACAGCGAUGUCGGACUUCCCCUUGACUUUCGCAACCUUGCAAAUGAACGUAUCCUGUCACACGGACCGGAUGUGCCGCUUUUACCAGAAAGAGUAUCUCCUUUUGGCUCUCACAGCGUGCUAGUGGGUCCAUUCAUGCGCCUCCUUGCAGCAGCGCAGUCCGGUGGAUCCAUCUCGGAAGUUGAUAUUGAAUGUCUUCGAAAUGUUGUACAAGUGGCCCUUACAAAUAGUCACCUCCUGCCUCACGGUGAUCGGAUGAUGGGUACCGAUGAAGUCCUGAAUGGACGAGCUGGGCUGUUGUGGGCUGUACUAAGUGUCAGAGCUCAUGAAUACGACGAACAGGCUAGAGAACUGUUGGCGCCCAUUUUUGACUACGUUCCGAAGCUCAUAGAUGCAAUUAUCACCGGAGGGCUUGAAGGCCGGAAGGACUACACCAAGAAACACGGAGAAAAAAAUGCGCUGCCAUUGAUGUGGCACUGGGAUGAUGAUCGUUACUAUAUAGGAGCGGUACAUGGAGCGUGCGGCAUAAUUGCGUCCCUCCUUGCUUGCGAUCCGGGAGAACUAAACGAUAGCGCUUCGCGCAACUACCUGCCCCUGAUAGCGGAAACCAUCACAGAUCUCUGUAAGAUCUGCAUUGCUCAUAACGGCCAUCUACCAACGUCCAUCCCAGACCGUGGUCCUUCAUCCCGCCGCUCUUCUCCUCUAGUCCAGAUAUGUCAUGGUAGUCCAGGCAUGCUGGCUCUCAUGGCCUGCGCUAGGAGAAACAGCCCUCUGACGUCCGACUACUGGCAGCCCGAGUGGGAUCUAGCGAUUCGACUGGCCAGCGAGCGAGUGUGGGAAGAAGGGCUACUUUCUAAAGGUGGAGGAGUAUGUCAUGGCAUUACCGGGAAUGCAUGGCCACUGUUGCUUCUCCAUGACAGCUUCCAAUAUGACGACAAAGAGAUGCAAGUUGCUAAACGCAAUUACAUGGAGCGAACACAGACUACGGAUCCGCGGUCAAUCGAACAUGGGCUUACCGGUGACUUUUUCCUGUCAAAGGCGCUCUCGUUCAUGUUGCAAGCGCGGGAGACACCCCCUUAUUAUAAUUCGGCCAACAUAUAUCGGCUGCCUGAUCACCCGUUUUCUCUUGCUGAAGGUCUGGCAGGCACUCUUUGUGCAUGGGCAGAUACAUGCGUAGCUAUCCAGAUGCGCUUGCAAAGCAUGUCUUUACAUGAAGCACGGCCAAACUGCUCCUCGUCUUCUUCCAUGGCAGAGCCAGCAUUCCAAGGCCCAGGAACCCUGCAUCUGGGAAUUCCGACUCUUGCCUAUCACCGGCCGGCGGCUUGACCUUGAUAUUGAAAAUCCAAAAAUAGUGACCAUCGCUUCUUUAAGUGGCGAUCUAAGAAAUAUAAGGAUGGCGAUGCAUUUACAGUAUGGGGUGCUUCAUGAGGAGAGUAUGCUCGUCACGCUUCAAUACAAGCCAAAAUUUGAUCACAUUUGUCAAAUGAAGAAUCAGAAUGCUAAAAACCCCCAACGCCAUGCUUAUGCCCAGAUUGCAAUCACGGAUACGGCCCAAGGUGGCAUCACAGAAAAAAAUGAAAAAGGAAAGGAGAAGGCCAUAAUCGGACGCUCAGUAAAGCGUGAAACCGCUGUGAUAAGUG